AUGAAGGACAACAACAUGGCUGCCACCGACAGCGAAGUCCGCGCCAACCUCGAAAGCCAGCAUGACGAGGUGGAAGCACUGCAGGCGAUUUUCGAGCACGACUUUGAGUGGGCCGACCAAGAGAUCUACGGCACACAAGGCAAGUCGUUUUACGUGUUGAUCCCUGGCGACUAUUGUCUUCGGCUGCUGAUCCAUCUGCCGUCGGAUUACCCGUCGCGGUCACCUCCAAUUGCCGAAGUUUACGAUUCGUUCGGUGUGUCGUCGUCCGAAUGCGACGCCAUCAUCCAAGACUUGACGAAGACGUUCAACAAAUCUCGAGGCGACGUUUGCCUGUACGACUGGAUCGAAAGCGUUCGCGAGAAGUUUGGAUCGUUUGCAUCAGUGGAGGCAGCGUCCCUGGAGGCCGUCGACAUCGAUGCCAACGAGCUGCUUGCUCGUCCUGCAACGUCACACGACAUUGCACCAUUCCUGCGCGGUAUCAAAACCGGCACUCCCAUCACCGAUCGCAAGAGCACUUUCCAAGCCAAUGCCGUGGCCGUGACUAGCGUCGACGAAGUCCGGGCGUUUGUGGCACACCUUCUUGAAGACCGGAAAAUUGCCAGAGCGACGCAUAAUAUGCUGGCGUAUCGAAUUGUGAAAGACGUUGUGAUUAAAGACAGCGACGACGACGGCGAAGGCGGCGCGGGCAGCAAGUUGUCGCAUUUGCUCGAGAUGACCCAGGCACAGAACGUGGCGGUGGUUGUGAGUCGAUGGUACGGGGGCAUUCAACUCGGUCCUGAUAGAUUCAAGCACAUUGCCAACUGCGCGCGCGACGUUCUUGAGACCCAUGGAUUCAUUCCGCGAAAGACAAAGACCAAGGCAUGAGUCGACACACAGCGUGGAUCGCAAUGUGAGUACAUUUAUUAAAACAUGUAGUUUGCCUCGCCAUCGUCUGACACUUGCAGCAACGAAAACGCCCCCACGCAUGCAAGUGGCUGAAACGUGGGUUUGGAUUUCGUCGCCAUUUGGGUCUUUUUUCGCCGUGGCUUCCGCACGGCCGACUCGACCCUUCCAGAUGCCUCCACAGCGCUUGACGUUGCUCUUGUUGCUGGAGCAACGGCAAUCUCUGAAUCUACGGAAAACAACGUUUGUUUG